UGCUGCACCUAAAACGUGCAAAAAAUGGGCAAAGACGACGCCGAGACUGCGAGCUUGAAGAAGGAACUGGAGAAUCUCAUAGACAAGUGCAAGGAAGAGCAAAAGAAGCAGCAGGACACGACGUUGGAGGAGGUCUGCAGCGGAGUAUCGGAUGCUGCGAAAGUGAAAUUGUCCACGAAAAAGCUGCUGAAGGGGCACAUCAACAAAGUUAAUUCGGUGCACUUCAGCGGUGACAGUAGACAUUGCGUAACCGGAUCGCUGGACGGGAAGUUAAUUAUUUGGGACUCGUGGACCGGCAACAAGGUGCAGGUCAUCCCGUUGCGUUCGGCAUGGGUGAUGUCUGUGGCUUUCGCGCCGUCCGGCAAUUUCGUCGCGUGCGGCGGUAUGGACAAUAUGUGUACCGUCUACGAUGUCAACAACCGCGACGCCACGGGAUCGGCGAAAAUCGUGAGGGAGCUGUUGGGUUACGAGGGAUUCCUGUCGUCCUGCAGGUUCCUCGAGGACAAGAGGAUCAUCACCGGAUCUGGAGACAUGAAGAUUUGCAUAUGGGAUCUCGAGGCCAACAAGAAAACGACGGACUUCGAGGCGCACGCGGGCGACGUGGUGAGCAUCAGCUUGUCCCCCGACGGCAACACUUACGUCACCGGCUCGGUCGACAAGACCUGCAAACUGUGGGACGUGCGGGAAGAGAAAGCGAAACAGACGUUCUUCGGUCACGACGCUGAUGUAAACUCCGUCUGUUAUCACCCCUCCGGGCAAGGUUGCGUAACAGCGUCCGAGGACAAGACCGCGAGACUGUGGGACUUCAGAUCCGACCAGCAAUUAGCCACCUUUAAACCGCCCAACUCGAAUCCCGGCUUUACAUCGUGCGGCCUGUCUCUGAGCGGCAGAUUCAUCUUCUGCGGCAGCGACGACAAUUCUAUUCACAUAUGGGACACGUUGAAGAAUCAACACAACGGUGUCAUGUCGGGCCACGAGAACAGAGUGACGUCGCUCAGCGUCUCUGGUAACGGGAUGGCAGUGGCCAGUUGCUCCUGGGAUCAGUACGUUCGAAUUUGGGUCUAAACACGAUUUAUGACGUAACAGGCGAACGUCUGGCAGCGAUCCGUGAGAAGGACAUUGGAGAAAAUGUGUUACUGCAAAUAUAUCGAUGUUAAAAAUGCCGAUUAAUUUCUCCCGCACGAAACCCGCAACGAGAUCCUUGCUGACCGACGCAGGC